UCGGAGCGCUCCCCUGUGAUUGGCCGUGAGCGUGAUCCCAUCUUUUCACUCCGCCCCGCUUCUCUCCGGUUUUCCUGACUAACCCACCGGCCGACCGCCUGCUGCAGCCGCUUCCCGGACAGCUUCAACCGGCAGAAAGCAGCGACUUGGACGCCCACAACAUCCAGGAACCACAUCCGACACACGGUUUAUGCCUCCAGGGUGAGACGGUCACUUGGGAGUCCUGCAGCAGGGACACGGGCCCCAGAGGGUGAAACUGGCCCACUUUGGAGCGGUGAGUGCCCCCACAGCCUCUCAGUAAUCCUUUAAAGAGCAUUAGCGGGCUAAGUUUGGCGCUGCGCUGUGACCGCUGGCAAGACGGGUCCUCACUGAGCCGCCGUCAUGCAGACACCUGACUCCUACAACCAGAAGAACUCACUCUUCAAUGCCAUGAACCGCUUCAUCGGCGCUGUCAACAACAUGGAUCAGACGGUGAUGGUGCCCAGCCUGCUGCGGGAUGUCCCCCUGGGCGACAAGGAUGACCUGAAGGUGGCGGAGAAUGGGGGCAGCAGCGAUGACACGGGCAACCCCAGCGCCACCAACGGCAGAGCCUACUUCCAGCCCGAUGCCGACAUGUACAGCUCGUACGUCCUGCUCAAAUCCAUCCGCAAUGACAUUGAGUGGGGUGUCGUGCAGGGCGACGAGCUGCGGAAGGACAAGGUGGGUGUGGCUGGGGUGGAGGAGGAGGACGACCUGGAGAAGCAGUUUCGCUUCCACCUGAAUGGACUCCACGCGGUUCUGUCAAAACUGACGCACAAAGCCAACACGCUGACAAACCGCUACAAGGAGGAGAUCGGCUGUGGAAACUGAACGUCCAGACUGGCAGCGCCCUGCGCGUUUUAGCUCGUUAACUCCAAGCAAAGAGAGGAGCUUGUGCAGACACCUGAAACCUGCUGACACUUUAAACAGCCCACUGAGGGGGAUAUCGUUCCAUUAAAUGAACUGCACAGUCCCAAUAACAGUGAAUAAAAGUAUCUGCAGAUAUUUGCUUGUGAUUGGAACAGUUUGGGCAAUUUUUGCCAAAUAAUUAGCACCAUAGUCCUAAUGACAGUCACUGAAAUUAACAGUCAGAGUCCAUGUGAGGGGGUUUAAAUUAUUUUAAAUGCCUCUUUUUUGCAUUCAAAUGGAUUUAAUUUUGGUGAAUAUACUGAUGCUGACUUUUUUGAUUAUGGUUUGGUCUAUUUAAAAAGACAUGGCAGUACAAUAUGACACAAAACUGAUUCCAGCUGUUCAAUUUUGAAUGAAGCUGGAUCUGUGCUGUAAAACAAUAAGUCAGUAAAGUAAAGAAUCUGUCGGGACUCUAGCUUCAAAUCUUCCAAAACAAACCAACGUUAGCACAUUUUAGCUCAACCACAGCCCUUUCAUUGGUGAAAGUUGGAGUUUAAUCUUGUGGAAUGUGAUUACAAAAAGUAGCUUUAAUAGUAAAUUUGACUUUAAAUACUGUAAAUUUAAGACUAAGUUUGAUUACCAGCAAAUUUCAGAGCUGGGAGCCUCGUAUGCAGGAGAGGGCCAAAUAAAGCAGAUUCAUUUCAAAUGUUUGGCUGGUUGACCCUUUACUGAGUGACUACUGUGCUAGAAACAAAACAUUGUAAACAAAUAUAACCGUUAAAAACACACACAAAGCAAAUGUAAGUAAAAGAGGAUUAGAUAGGAUCCCUGUGGGACGCCUCCGAGGCAAAAAUCUGUCUCUGAUUCCAGUAAUUGUUGACUGGCGUGCCAUGAACGCCUGAUGAGACUCAGAGGGUCAAAGUGUCUUUGAAAUGUUUGAACUUGUCUCUGCUUUGAGCUCCAGCAGCAGUUUGUAGGUAAAGAGCUAAAACACGCUUAUGGACUCUAUUUUUUUUUCCUGAAGACUUCCUAUGGGUGAUGGGCUGUUUGCACUCUAUUUUCAGGGUUCAUGUCUGUCUUUUUUUUAUUAUUAUUUAUCUCCUGACAUUCUUCAUUUCUUGCUGCAAAAUCCAAACUAUGCAAAUACACAAGCACAAAAGAGGCUGGUUUGACAUUUUAGCACAGCUGUAGACGCACAAAAAUGAGAAAAUAGGAGUUCUUAAAUUUCCAAUGAAUAAAAAAUGCAGUUCUCAUGCUGAAUGGCCCAUAAUAGCAUGUUAACUUCAAUAAUCGAUGAAAGUAAACUCCCGUUUCUUUGGUUCUAGCUUCGGAAACAUGGAGGUUUUGACAUUUUAAAGACUCCAGAGUUCAUCUGUUUGAUAGAGGACUAAAGCACCUUCAUUCUUGGAAAAAUAUUUGGCGAAAAAGCCAAAGUUUGGCAGAAAACGGUUGGGUUUAUGAGGUUUCAGCUGAGAAUAAAAGGAGAGCAGGGAAGUUUUUCUUGUCAUCUGAAGCUGUAACUGAUUUCAGUGGCUGAUUUUUGUCAACCUGAUUGGUCUGAAUUUAAAGAAGUGAAUGUUUUGAUUGUAUAUCGUCUCAAAGCUUUAUUUAAUGAAUUAAAAAAAAAAAACUGUGCUUGCUGGCCGAUGACGUCUGAAGGCUUUUGGAGACUGUGUGUGUGUGUCUGUGUGUGUGUGGAGAAUGCUGGUGUAAAGAUACUGGUGUUUAUUGUUUUCUAUUUGUGUCCAGUUUGACCAUUAAAGGUUUUUGGUGAGCA